AGAAUUUGCAACAACCAUUUCAGAAGGGAAGCUUUCACCGAUUCAAGUUUGCAGAAACUGAAUAGAAAUGCUAUUCCCAUGCCUUGGGUAAUCUCUUCUUCUGCAGCAAAUACAUUGGAAAGCAUGCCUUCCCUUAUUAAUGAGGAACAUGCUGGUACAUCAGGUAUAUCCACAUUCCCAGCGUCAGUUCUAGCUGAUGAGGUAGAACCUAACACUGAUGAGGAACAUGCUGCUGUAUCAAGUACUUCCACAUUCCCAUCAUCAGUUCCAGCUAAUGAGGGAAAAGCUUCUGUAACUGAAGAGAUACAUGCAGGUACAUCAAUUUCAUUAUCAGGUAUGGUUUUUGCUUUCAAUGAAAAUCUUAAAACUUUUAUUCAUUUUGUAUGUAAGAAUUGUCAUUAGACAAUUUCUGACUUAUUAUCAUCACUGAUCAUUAUUACAUAUCAAGUAUUGAGGUGUGUCAGCAAACUUUUUCUAUUAUGAAUAAAUGUAAAAAUCAUUUGUCUAUUUUCAGAUCUCAAUGAUCCGACUCCGAGUACUCCGGCAUUGCCACAGUCUCCAAUGUGGAGGAGAUCCCGUGAAUUUAGAAAUAUCGACAAUUUCCAUCUUUCAAAUUCGACACCAAGAAAGAAGAAAUUGGUCGAUAUACUA